AUGUUCUGCUCCUCUCUUCGAAAGCGUCCUGCUUGGGCUUCUCUUCCAGCUACUCUUCUCUCUCUUCGUGAUCCGACCUGGAAAGAGACGACUCUCGAAGCCCAAGAUUUGCAAAUUCCUGUACCUCGACAACACCAGAGAGGUCAGGUAGAUCUCUUCAAUAUCAUCCUACUGUCCGCCUCUGAUAUGCAAGCUUCCGCAGAUGCGAUCGCUCGCGUUGAACAGCUUUACCAUAAGACAGGUGGCAGGAAUAUUGGCGUUAUCUUCUUGCUUCAAGAAAAGCCACCACAAGGAAAUACUACAGCUAAUUUCAUGGAGCUGCAGAUGGCUCUUCAAAACUUAGAGAUUCCAAUUGUACCUCUAGCCACAAUCUCUAACCUCCAAACGACUCUCUCUGCAUUCCAGCGACAACUCUUUCUCAGCCGGUCGAGUGCAGCUUCAGCUUCGCCUCCAAAUCCUGCAAUGAGCCUGCUACCAUACUGCUCCACCGGUCACAUCCCAGAGCAUGCUCGCCAUGUUCUUAGUGAUCUCUGUCACAGCAUUCCAGACCUGGCUCAAGCUGCCAUGACUCGAGACGGACAGAUGGGUCUCCGACAAUGGUUUUCCGACUCGAUGCCACAGGUAGCUGAGGAACUUAUUGCCUUCUGGGAGCAGGAAUUCGUCGUGGACUGA